GGCCGCGAUAACUACAACCCGAGAGGCCGAGACCAAUUCCCACCACAACACACAAGGAAGCCUGCGCACCGCCACCACCAUUCACCGCCGCCGAAGCCCGAUUCCCAGAGACGCCUCUCCUUGCCCCCGUCCCCAACCCCAACCAAAGCCACCGCCGAAUCGCCUUAAUCUGGCUGGAGCGCGCCUUGGAGCCGUCCGGACCUCAGAGCUCACGGGGAAUCUUUAAUGGCGUCGGAGUCGCAUCGCCAGCCAUAGGAGCCUGAUUGACAGAGGCGCCGAUUGCCGACUGCCGACUGGCAACUGGCGAGGCGAUCACUUGUCAAUCCUGUGCUAUCCUUUUCUCGGCGCAUUGUCUUGCUUUGUUGAUGCAUACGGCACCGCCGAUGAAUGGCCGAUCUCGGAGGCCGGCAGCGGCGCGCGGCGCGAAAGCGGCCCCCAAGAGCGACAGCAGAGGGGGUGACAAUGUGCGGUAAUUUCCCCGUUCCCGCCACCAAUUUCUGAGUUCCUCGAUCGUCAGCAAUUUGUUGCGGUGUCCAUAUUUUGUACGACGAAUUAAUUGGUGUGGCAAGAGUACAACGACGAACUCAUGAACAGUGCUGUUCUUGCGAGCGAAGAAUGGUUGGUGACGGUGACCUGGUGGUGUUUAUGACAAGAUCUCGACGCGGCGGGUUGUUUGGCCUCUGGGCUCUGCCCUAGUUGUCUUUGAGAGCUACUCGCACCGAGAUGGAGUAGUAUCUCUUCAAUGCCCCCUGAUUCCCUGAGCCCCAAUUUUUUUUCCUUCUUUAGUUUCUUUUAAGCCUUUAUCUUUCAGAGCAGAGGAAUCUGCGCUUUGCUUCCGUGAUGGAGAAGGAUCCGAGGAAGGCCGCGACACCGGCGAAGGGACCGGCCAACGCGGGCACCCGGGUCACCAUGAACAGAAUCCAGUCGAGAGAGCGCAAGCUCGCGCUGCAGCAAGAUGUGGAUAAGCUCAAGAAGAAGCUGCGCCACGAGGAGAACGUCCACCGCGCUCUGGAGCGGGCGUUCACGCGGCCGCUCGGCGCCCUGCCUCGCCUGCCGCCGUAUCUGCCGUCUCAGACGCUAGCUCUUCUCGCGGAGGUGGCGGUGCUUGAGGAGGAGGUCGUCCGGCUGGAGGAGCAAGUGGUGAGUUUCCGGCAAGGGAUCUACCAGGAGGCGAUCAUCUUCUCCUCCACCAAGAACGCCCAGCUCCCCGACGGCCAAGUUCCCGUGCCGGCGCAGCUCGUACCGUCGUACCCGGUGCUGAAUUCCGAGGUCUCACCGGCGACAGUGAGCCAAGGUCCUCCAGACCAUCCUCCCGGCGCUCGUCCGUCGCCGCACAGCGGCGUGGCCAACGGCAAGCAAACGCCACGGAACCCCGUUGCUACCUCGCCGAGCCAGGAUGACCGGUCCGGGGCAGGGAAAGAGAACCAGUCGUGCAGCAACACGCCGAGCACGAGCAGCCGCCAGUCGCCGUCGCAGCAGAAGACGCCCAAGUGCAGGGCGACGCCGCCUGACAGGCGCAGGGUUACUCCUGCUCAGAUGGUGUUCGCGUCGUCCAUGCAGACAAGCCCUGCUGUUGCGCCUGACCGUAAACGGCCUGCCGACGCUGCUGCUGGCACUGGCAGCAACUCUGACAACGUGACGACGUCCCACGACGACGCGAGCUCGAGCGUGCCGAACAAAGUAUCGGAGGAGCUGCUCCGGUGCCUGCUGGCCAUCUUCUCGCAGAUGGGGGGCUCGGCUGCUGGCGGCGGCCGAGGACUAGGAGACGAGGACCAGCAGGCGCUGUCCCCGUCGGUCUCCGGCUCCAGCGAGAGCUCGGCGUCGUCGGAGGCGGACGCGUACCCGCAGGACCCCUACGGCAUCCUGGAGCUGGGCGCCAGGGACAUCGGCGCCUACAAGCGGUUCCACGUGGUCGACGCCGCGUCCUUCGACGGCAACGGCGACACGCCUCUCGUUCGUCGGAGACUCAAGGCCUUGCUGCGGAGGCUGUCGUCGGUUGACCUGGCGGGGCUCUCCCAUCAGCAGAAGCUGGCCUUCUGGAUCAACGUCUACAAUUCCUGCAUGAUGAACGCGUUCCUGGAGCAUGGGAUACCUACCACCCCGCAAAUGCUCGUGGCGAUGAUGCCCAAGGCCACCGUGAGCGUUGGUGGGCGCACGCACAGCGCCAUGUCCAUCGAGCAUUUCAUCCUGAGGCUGCCCUACAGCGCCAAGCAGGUGAAGGUGAGCCGGGAAGGGGCCAAGUGCGACGACGGCGACGUGACGGCGGCGCGCGGCGCGUUCGGGCUGGAGUGGCCCGAGCCCCUCGUCACCUUCGCGCUCUCCUGCGGCAGCUGGUCGUCCCCCGCGGUGAGGGUGUACACGGCGGCGCGCGUGGAGGAGGAGCUGGAGGCGGCGAAGCGGGAGUACCUACAGGCGGCCGCGGGCGUGUGGGCGGCGGGGAGGCUGGCGGUCCCGAAGCUCCUGCACUGGUACCUGCUGGACUUCGCCAAGGACGUGGACGCGCUCAUGGACUGGGUCUGCCUGCAGCUGCCGCCGGAGCUGCGGCAGGAGGCGGUGCGGGCCGUGGAGGUCGGCCGCCGCGCCGGCGCCGGCGGCCGCGUCCGGGUCCUCCCGUACGAGUUCAGGUUCAGGUACCUGUUGGCCUCCUGACGACGCGUGCGUACUACGGUAGGGAGUAGUGUAGUGCCGUGCGUACUGGAGGUAGUAGUAGUAAUGUAGUAGUUCGUGCGCAGGUCUUUGCAAUAAUAAAACGGAGAUGGGAUUGACUAUGCAGUUUUUAUUACUAGCGUUUUGUGCUGUAUGUGUGGAUUCGGUAGCGGUGUAAUGGUGGUUUGUGCGCGCGAGGAACGUUUCUACUGUGCCGUGCGGCUGUGCUCCAUCCACACAGCCUGCAUUUUUUUUUUUUUGCGAGCAGGGUUGGUUGGUUGGUUGUCAGCUGGUUUCGGAAAGCACAAAGGACACUGCCACUGCAGUGCAGUGCAGUGCACGCUGUCUCUGUCA